GUGAGAGCUGUGUCGAGAAGCCACUGGCGACAUUGUGGCGCAACUACCAGCAGUCGACUAAACCAGACGUAGUGAUGAAGCUAUCUGUCACUAACUCCGGCCUGAAGGGAUUUACCAAAGAGCAUGGACUUACUGAAUAUUGGUCCCACCGCAUCACUUACUGUGCCAGCCCACCGCACUACCCCAAACUCUUCUGCUGGGUGUAUCGACACGAAGGCAAGAAGCUCAAGCACGAGCUUCGGUGCCACGCCGUCCUUUGUACCAAAGAAUCAAUAUCAAAGAAGAUUACAGAGGAACUUCAAAUCAAACUGAAGCAAGCCUUAAGUGAGUUCAAAAAGGACAGAAUCUCAAAACAAAAUGCACGACUUAGUCUCGCUAACAGUGUGUACGAAAACCCGAGUAUGCCUCGCAGAAAGAUCUUACUAAGCGUCGGAGCUACGAACUACAGACCACCGCUGGAGAGGUCAAAAUCUGCUCCGAAAUUGGGAGCUAUUGAGGAACUUUGUUCAGAAGAAGAUGAAGAGGAAGCGGAGAUGAAUGCUAAGCAGAAUGGCGAGCCCUGGUCACGAACGGCUUUGGCGAUGGACACCUUUUAUUCCUCGCAAACGCUCGAUAGACGACGACCUGAUAUAAAGUCGCCAAGGAAGACAUCAUGUCCGGAAGGAGUCAUAAACCGAACGCUGUCGGACUCUGGAAGCGACACUGUCACAGUCUCCGACGAAUUCCUCGAAUUAUUGGCAAAGGAGAGCCAAAAGAAUGGACGUAUCGAUGAUACUAGUCAUAAUGAUGGAGAAAAGGAAACAAGAUUGCUAGAAGCGAUUGCCGAAUCGAACGAACUGAGUGAUAACGUGGUGACCGAGGGCGAUUGUAAGGCGCUCAUGCAAAGUAACUACCUCGUCACGGAUAGCGACGACGGAUCUGUUUCUUCGGGCUGCGAGACCGCCAGCACGGUCACUGACACUGAGCCGUCAUCCCUGCCUUCGUUCCCCCAGGAAGACCAGAAGGAGCAUGCUGACAACACUAUCUCUUACUUGGACCAGAACUUCACACAUAACGAUAUCAGGAGUAGCAAUAGAAGCUACAACUCUGUUCAUAUAAUGAACAACUCUGACUCUAACGUCAUUGAAGAGGUAAAUCAUGUCCCCAUCGGUGAGAAGAAUACCUUCAGGCGAAGAUCCACGUAUCCUCCUCUGCGAGCGGAUACGAAUAUUAUGGCUGACUACGAAGGAAAGUUUGAGUCUCUCAUAGACAACCUGACUGAUGUAGACAGCUUAAACUCCAGCACAGAAACUGAAGUGUUUAAGAAUACUGGGGACAAUGACAGCGCGUGCAGCGAUGAGUCAGGGUACUCGGAGUUGUUGGAUGGUAAAGAAAGUAUAAUAGGCAACACUAUAAUGGUCUAAGUUUCCCAUAUGUUAGCUGCCCCUUUCUGAGUGUUUGUUUUUCAUAGAAAAGUCCCAAGGACGAUAGCGCUCCCCUGAUCUCUAGUGGGGCAGCAGCCAUGUUGAGAACUGUCGAAUUAUUUGAGUGUAGAUUUAGAAAUUUGAAUUUAUACGGUCUGGCAAAAACAAUGCACGUAGUUAAAUAUUAUUGUGAAUCCUUUACUAAGAUAUAACUUAUAAUAAUGUAAUGUUACAGAGGUUAUGUUGGGUUAUUUCGACGAAUUUUAAGUAAUUAUUUAGUCCAGCCAGCGUCCUGAUAGAUUAGUAGUCGCCGGUGUAUAGUCUGUCGUGUGUUAGUUCAGCACCAUUUUCUUUGUAAAUAACAGGGUACAAGAGUACUUCAUACAGUUGUCGUAUUAUUAUGUUUAAAUGUUUGUAUAUAUUGUAAUUUUAGUUCAUGCAUUAGAUGAAAUUUUUCGGAGAUUUUAUUUGUAAAAGAGUUAUAAUAUAGUUAGGCACUUUAUGGAUGCAAACAUCUGUUUUGUUUUUGUCUAUAUUUAUUGUUAAUAGUAAGUAAACCUGUUGAGGUGGCUGUAGGCGGCAGGUUGUGGGUGCGAGUACAUAAAUAUGUGAAAUUAUGUAUUAGUGCAGUGCGUGGGGUUCUAGACGAUUAAGUACAUAGUACUAUAUUGUUUGUAACGAGUGUUGUCCUUCGUAGAUAUUGUGGCUUAUUAGUUUGUGACUGAUAUCUAUUAGAUCGACACAAUGUCUGGUAUCACAAUAACUUUGUGAAGUAGCAUUACUUGCAUUGAAGAUGUAAAAGUGUAGAAAAAUUUAAUUAUGUUACUUCCUUGAAUUUUCAUACACAUUUCUC